AUAUAAGCUCCCUUUUUUUUCUCCAACUUGUUUUUAAGUCCGAGCGUUAAUGAGCUGCUGGGUGAAUCUGGUGUCACUAUGAGUAGUACAUUAGGCAAAGACUCGAAAGAAAAGGACCUCAAAGGUCCUUCGGGUAAGGAAAGGGAAAAGGAGGUCAAAGCCUUGGGCAGCUUCAGUAAAGACGGCAAGGAAACCAAGACCAAAGGGAAAGAUGCCAAAGAAGGAAAGAAGGACUCUAGUGGGGCGCCUCCUGGGGUGGCCUUUUCUGUAGAUAACACAAUAAAACGGCCAAACCCAGCAGCAGGUACCCGCAAAAAAUCCAGCAAUGCUGAGGUGAUCAAAGAGCUGAAUAAGUGCAGGGAGGAGACCUCCACACGGCUGGACUUGUCCAAGAGGUCUAUACACAUGCUCCCUACGUCAGUCAAGGAGCUGACACAGCUGACGGAACUGUACCUGUACAGCAACAAGCUGCAGAGCCUGCCCGCUGAAGUAGGCUGCCUGGCAGGCUUAGUGACGUUAGCCCUGAGUGAGAACUCUCUCACCAGCUUGCCUGACUCGCUGGACAGCUUGAAGAAACUGAGAAUGCUGGAUCUCCGGCAUAACAAACUGCGAGAGAUCCCGCCGGUGGUAUACCGGCUUCCCUCCCUCACCACCCUCUACCUGCGAUUUAACCGCAUCACUACUGUGGAGAAGGAUAUCAAAAACCUGUCAAAACUCACCAUGCUGAGCAUCCGUGAGAACAAGAUUAAACAGCUCCCUGCUGAAAUAGGGGAAUUGUGUAACCUCAUUACGCUGGAUGUAGCGCACAAUCAGCUCGAACACCUUCCGAAAGAGAUUGGAAAUUGCACACAGAUAACUAAUCUUGAUUUGCAGCACAAUGAGCUUCUGGACCUCCCUGAAACUAUAGGUAACUUGUCAAGUCUAAAUCGCUUGGGUCUGCGGUACAACAGGCUGUCGGCUAUCCCUAAAUCAUUAGCAAAGUGCAGAGAAUUGGAAGAGCUAAACCUUGAGAACAAUAAUAUCUCUGUGCUACCAGAGGGUCUCCUGUCUAGCCUGGUCAAUUUGACCAGUUUAACACUGGCCAGAAACUGCUUCCAGUCAUAUCCUGUAGGCGGUCCAUCACAGUUUUCUACUAUAUAUUCCCUCAACAUGGAGCACAACCGCAUCAACAAAAUCCCCUUUGGCAUCUUCUCCAGAGCCAAAGUGUUAAGUAAGCUGAACAUGAAGGACAAUCAGCUCACCUCUCUGCCACUUGAUUUUGGGACCUGGACUAGUAUGGUUGAGCUUAACCUGGCCACGAACCAGCUGACUAAGAUUCCUGAGGAUGUGUGCGGUCUUGUCUCACUUGAGGUUCUAAUCCUGUCAAACAAUCUCCUACGGAAGCUGCCUCAUGGCGUAGGUAACCUACGGAAAUUACGAGAGUUAGACUUGGAGGAAAAUAAGUUGGAAACUCUCCCAAAUGAAAUUGCUUACCUGAAAGAUUUACAGAAACUGGUCCUGACUAAUAAUCAGCUGACAACCCUCCCCAGGGGGAUUGGACAUCUCAUCAACCUGACUCACCUGGGACUGGGAGAGAACCUUAUACAACACCUCCCCGAGGAGAUCGGUACACUGGAGAAUCUUGAGGAGCUCUAUUUGAAUGAUAACCCCAAUCUCCACAGCCUUCCCUUUGAGCUGGCUCUGUGCAGCAAGCUGUCAAUCAUGAGCAUUGAAAACUGCCCCCUCAGCCAUCUCCCUCCACAGAUUGUCGCUGGUGGCCCCUCCUUCAUCAUUCAGUUUCUAAAGAUGCAGGGCCCUUACCGUGCCAUGGUCUGAAACACAAUCCUAUGUGUCAUACACUGUACAAACUGUAAAGAAAUUGCAUUAUUAUUGUCAUGAGUAUAUAUCUGAAGAAAGGAAAAAGGGCAGUUUUGCGAAGACUGCAUUACAUGUUUCUGCUAUAGAGGAAUCAUAGCCAUUUAGAUUUUUUUUUUUUUUUUUUAAAUCAUGUUAAAAAUAAAAGAAAGAAAAUGGAUACAACUGCUUGUCUAGGGCUUGCCAUAUUUAAUGGAUGAUGUAUAGUAAAUGUAGCAACUGCUGAAUGGAGUUUCACUCUGAUUUUACAAAACAUUGACAACAGACUUUCAAGAGGUAAUUAAACAAAGGAUUGUGAUUUAUAAAUGCAACAAUAUGUGUAUCAUAACUGUACAAAAAGAAAGAACAAAAAUAUGUUGGUAGACUUGUUUUUAAUAAUUGCUCUAUCCCUUGCUUUUUCACUUCCUUCAUGGAUAUACUGUAAUUGUGUGAUUUCAGCAGUUUAUGGUGGGGAAACUAUAUAAUGGUGUUGAAGAAUAGAAACUCGCAAUGUGCUCAUCCUCUGUGGGGAUUUUAUUUGGAAGACCUCCUCCAAUCCAGAAGUGGUAACAUGCAGGAUCUAAGUUUAAGAAAUUUGGUUGCAACUAACUUGGCAGAUAGAAUGCUAACAUUGGAGAACUCAAAAGCCUUGAUCUUAACAUCAGCUUUUCAGCUGUCCAGUAUUACAUCUGAUUGAUUUGCAUUGGAUUUGUUCAUUGUGCAAGCCUUUUUUUUUUUUUUUUUUUUUUUUGGCUGGUGUUUUUUUUUUUUUUUUAAUGAUUUUAUUCUCACCUAGAAAGCUAUCGGUGUGGAACUGCAUGGCUCCUUCAGAAUUAUUUUUUCCCCCAAAAGUUAAAUCAACAUUUGACUAUUGUAAAAAGUCAUAUACAUAUUCCAUCUAAAAUUGUUACCCAUAGCACCUUGAAAAAUUCUUAUUCAGCUGUGUGAGAGGCAGUGUAGUGGUACAGUGUGAAUUGAUGUCUCAUUAUGAUUGACGUGUUGUUUAGGCAGUUGCUCAGAAAUUAGGAAUAUAGGAUCAAGUUUGGGGAAGGGGGGGGGGGGGGGCAGAUCUGAAAUAAUAUGUAAUGAUUCAAAAUACAAUGUAAUCUGCUGUUCUGCUAGUAUUUCAUGUUAAUGAUUGAAUCCCUUGUUUUUAUUUGUUUUUAUUUGUAUUUCUUUGUUCUAAGAAUAAAAUGGAAUGGAGCAUAUCUGGCACAGUUUAACAGGUGACAUGAAGUAAUUAAAAAGUUGCAGAUAUCUGCACAUUUGGGUUUCUGUA